UUUUAUCGGAUGAGUAGUGGCAAAGGUAGAAGACUGCCGUAUGAAGCCGGUGGCAUUUCCACAGCUCUCCCUCCCUCCGCCCAAAUACGCCUUCAUCCCACCUCCAACUUUCCCUUCCCGCCGCCGAUCUUAUCCCCUUAUUAAAUUCAGUCGGCGGAUGGCGGCCACAGAAACCGGCGAGAGCGCGGCGCCUUCUUCUCCGGCGGCAAUUAGGCUGCAACCAAUCGAAGCAACGCCGGAGAGCUUCCGCGAAUUCGGUCAGGUGAUCGAGGCGUCGCCGGACGGCGAUGAGUUCGGCCCCCUCGACGCGCAGCUGGACCUGUCCCGUGGCAUCCCUAGGUUCUACAUUAUGCAUCUGGAGGACAGACCUCUUAGGUUCUCGACGAUCACGCACCACGCGAGCGUGACCCAGUGCCUCGGCUCCAUAGGGGGCCACGUCUGGUACCUCGGAGUCGCCAGGCCGUCCCUCGUCGAUCAAGGCGAAACCGGAGCCGAGAAUGCGGUGAAAUCAAAAUGCGGGCAUUCAUACGUCCCUCCGGCCGUUGAUGGCGUAUGCGUCUUCAAGGUCUCGGGUCCCAAGUUCCUGAAGCUCGACCGUGGCACUUGGCACGCCGGGCCAUUGUUUCUUGAGAAGACGAUGGACUUCUAUAACUUGGAGCUCAGCAACACCAAUGUGGUUGAUCAUACAACGCAUAAUUUUGUAAAGAAGAAUAACGCAGUGUUUGUGUUUGAUGAGUAGCCUUUUUUCUUCAAGCAAUCUGCUCGGAGAGAUCAUUUGAUUUGUAAUUUGAAGAUUCCACUUUUACACACUUCUACUGAUAUAAAUAUAUCAUCCCAUGCUCCAAUAUUUAUGUUGUUA